GUUCCAGUGACGUUCGAGGACAUCGUGGUGCACUUUAGCAGGGAGGAGUGGGCAAACCUGGAUGAUGAGCAGAGGGAGCUGUACAGGACCGUGAUGGAGGACAACUACGAGAUGCUGGUGUCCCUGUACUGUGCCAUGUCCAAGCCCGAAUUCUUAUUUCGGAUCGAAAGAGGAGGGGAGCUGCACAUGCCGCUGGUGAUAGCAGGCCUGGAGGGAACUGAUAUGUCUCUGGAGCGAGCCGCAGAUCUGGACAGCCAGAGCUGCACAAGUGACAGUGCUGUGCUGGAGAUGAAGAGAACAGAGUCUUGUGAGGGGACCUGUGGGAACCCAGAAGAAAGCAGGACCCCCAUGGUCUCAGAGAAGUGCAGUGCACCAGAUGCUGAAAUGGAGAUCUCAACGGAGGUACCACAGGAGGAUGUCGCAGGAGGAGGUACCACAGAGGAGCUGGCAGUGCCUGAAACACCCUUAAAGAGUAUGGAGGAGGAAGACAUGAAGGAUGUGGAGUGCAGUGGCCAAAGCUCGGAGGCAGAGCUUCUUGCAGACCCAGGGAAGGAAGCAACGACAGAUGACUGUGGAGCAAUGGCCCAGGCAGAUCCCACCUGCACAGCCACCACUGUGGGAGAGCCCACGGAGGGCUCCUGUGUGGGCCAGCGGAAUUCCACCCGGGAGAAGACGUACUCCUGCUCUGUGUGCAGGAAAAACUUCCUGCUUGAGAUCAACCUCAUCCUCCACCAGUGCAGCCACAGCAACUGGGUGCCCUACAUCUGCGUGCACUGUGGCCGCAGCUUCAUGUCCAAGAGGAAAAUCCGGCAUCACAUGCGGGCCCGGGAGGUCCUGGGGCUGUGCCAGCCUUCAGAUGUGGAAUGUUCCGUGUCCCAGCACCGGGGCUGCAGCACUGCCAGGGGGAAGCCAAGCAGCAGCAGAUUCCCACUGUCACCUGGGAACGUGAUGUAUACGUGCAAGGAGUGCACGGAGAGCUUCUCCAGCCAGAGCUUCCUGAUCCUGCACCAAUGGCAGCACAGCCAGCACCACCUCAUCCUCUGCCCCUGCUGCAACCAGAGCUUCACCUGGGCCUCGGAAUUUGUCCGCUACCACCAGCCCCACAUAGGCGAGCGGCCCUACCAGUGUGGUGUCUGCCAGAAGGCUUUCAAGCGCUACCAGCACCUGAGCAUGCACCAGCGGAUCCACGAGCGGCAGAACAGGCCCUAUCCCUGCACAGAGCUGCCGCCCUUGCCGGCGCCAGCUGUUUAG